AUGCAGAAUGCCGAGCCAAUGCGUCCUUGGCAAGCACAGGCAUCAGCUCCUGGAAACGCUGCGCCGUUGCCCACGCCGCGCUUCGCCUUUGGGAGGCCGCGCUUCGUCGCCUCGGAGCUCGGAGCUUUGCUUUGGACCUCAGGUCUCUGUGUCUCCACCGACUUCCCCCCUCUGGGCGGCUUCCCACCGCUGGGACCCAUCUCCAAGUCCAAAGCCAAAGGUGCAGGGAAAAGCAAGGCGUCGUCGGAGCCCCCGCUUGGCGAGCUCUCACAGGCCGCCCCACCCAAGAAAGCAGCAGCGCCGAAGGCACCACCCAAAGCUCCAGUUGAGGUGCUGCCGAAGGCGCCACCCAAAGCUCCAGUUGAGGCUGUGGCGGUGCAGCCUCUCUCAAAGAAGGCGGCGGCGCAGGCUCCGCCAAAGGCUCCAGCAGAAGCUGCGUCGGCGUCAGCCGAGGCUCCACAGAGAUUCGGUGCAGAUGACUACGAGCGCGCAGCAGAGGCUGAUGCUGCAGCCAACGCUGGCAUUAUCGACGUAGCAGAAACGGAGGAUAGGCUGAACCUUAACAUCCCGCCACUGGCCUUGGGAAAGUCGAAGGGGGUGAAACAGCUCCGGCUCGUGUCCAACCACUUCUACCUGUCAGUGAGAUCCAGCGGUAAUGCAACCGUCUGGCGCUGCUGGCGAGUGGACUUUGUCAAGAUGGACAAAGACAAGGACCCCAACGCGAAGAAGAUGCCAAAAAAGAAAGGCGAGGAUGAAAGGGAAGUGCCAAAGGGGGUGCGGAAGCUGGCGGUGGAAGAGCUGCUGAAAGACAUUCCGCAUACUGAUUGGCUACAUGAUGGCAACAAUUUGCUCUACACGCGCAAGACCGUGACGGCACUUCAGGAUGUGCGGAAGGAGGUUGAGGUUCCUCCAUCGAAACCUGGCGGAAGGCCUUUCCCGCUGACGUUGGAGGUGAAGUUCGAGGACCGUGAGAUCGAUCUUGGGUGGCUGCACCAGCCGCAGGUGAACAAGGAUCCUGCAGAAGCUAUGGCGUCAAUGUCAGAGCACAGGCGGUUCGUGCAGGUGGCCAUCCGAACCCUCGCGCAAGAGAGGGAGGAACUUAUUGCGCAAGGCCGCAAAGUCAUCUGCGCCGACAGGCGGCUAAUCUGUGAUGCUGUGCCCUUGAAAUACGGCCGCGAGAUGUGGUUCGGCUAUAUUGGCCAGGUCGAGAUUGUGAAUGGCGGGCCUGGGGUUGGUGGCCGACUCAACCCCGCACGCGCGACCUUGAGCUUGAACCUCGUGGCAUCUGUGGGUCUGCCCGACAUGUGGGUCAUUGACCUGCUUGGGAAGCUGGGCGCCAAAAAGCCUGGAGAGUGGUGGAGCGAGGAGGAAUGCAAAAAGGAUGUCGUCUGGAAUUAUUGGGACAGGCGAUACCAAACCUUGCGCGACUCACUUCGAGGAGAGCUUGGCCUGCGAAAGCUGAGAGUCAGAGCGGAAUACGGCCAGGUGAAGGUCAAGGGCAAGCUGGUGUACGGGCUGACCGACAAGCCCGCGAACAGAUAUCAGUUCGAUUGCGAAGAGAUGGGUGGCAAGGUGGACGUCGCCGCCUAUUUCAAGCAUAAGCACGGCCUGACCCUGCAACAUCCUGAGCUUCCGUGUGUCCAGCUGGGAAACGCGCGAAACUGCAUUCCCAUGGAGUACAUCUACGUCAUGGGUGGUGAGCACAAUCUGGCGGUGGGAAAGCUACGGCCGGAAUUCCAGCAGGAGGUGACAAGGAGGACUGCCAUGCCACCCUCCACUCGGCGAGACCAGAUCAUGCAAGCCCUCAACAACAAACAGCUAGGCCCUUCUGCCGCCCUGAAUCCAAAAGGAAUCGACGUGGCCUUCGAGAUGCUUGCCGUUACCGGCCGACAGUUGGAGACACCAAAGCUGCGAGAUGGCAACAGCGCCGUCAUGAGAGACUCCACGAACUACUCCAACAACUUCAAGAGCGUGGCGCCCCCGAGGUUCAACGUUUCCUGGGGUCUUUGGACGUUCACGACACAGAGCAGUCCCAGUGAGAGAGACAUCAAAUGGUUCGCCGAUCAGUUGACGAAGCGGUGCUACAGCAAGGGCAUGAACUUUUCAGAUGCGAAGUUUGUGGAGUGGCCGGAGGAGGCCUUCAACUCCUACUUCAGUUGCCACAAGAACAGGGAGGCCUUCUCUCCGAAGAUGGGCGAUGCGAUCCGAAAUGAUCUCAACAGAGUGGCAGCGGCGCACAAGGACCUCAAGCUGUUGGUCAUCCUGCUGGACAACAGUGAGGCCAUUACAGACCACCUCUACAAGCUCGUCAAGCUCAUCACAGAGACCGAGAUGGGCACGUUUACCACGCAAUUCGUCAACUGCAAGAAGGGCAUUGAGGACGCAGAGAAGAAGCUCAACAACCUCAUGCUGAAGAUCACCCCAAAACUCCCGGAACAGCCGAAUGGCUCUCGAGCGGCUCACAACGUGGCACUCUCGGAGCCGCACCCACUUCUCAGGAAGGAUGAGGCCACCAUGAUCAUGGGUGCUGAUGUGACCCACAAGGUUGCCGGUAUCAGUGUGGCCGGAGUUGUGGGUUCUGUGGACUCAAGCUACGCAUCCUACUUCCACCAGAUCCGCGGGCAAUCGCCAUACACGCUGAAUACGCUCAAGCAAAGAAAUCGCCAAAGCGAAGAGCGCAUCAUUGACUUGACCAGUAUGACCUACAACAUUCUGGAGAAGUGGAAAAACAUGAACAACAAGCUCCCAGACACGAUCAUCUACUACCGCGACGGCGUCUCUGAUGGACAGUUCAUUAACGUGCUGAAGCGGGAGCUCAACUUGCUGGAUGAUGCCUUCAAGAAGAUCAGCACCACGUACGACCCGAAGUUGGUGAUCAUUGUGGGCCAGAAGCGCCACCAGACGCGCCUCUGGAUGCAGGAUGGCGCCCUUCAAGAUGACAAGGGCAAGGGAAAAGGAAAGGACAAGGGGAAGGACGACAAAGGCAAAGGCAAGGGCAAAGGAAAGGACCCUGCGCAGGUUCCUCCUGGUACAGUGGCCAGCGAGGGCAUAGCCCAGCCAUCGCAUUUGAACUUCUUCCUGGUCUCACAACUAGGUAUUCAAGGCACGUCAGUGCCUUGUCACUACCACAUAUUGCACCUAGACAAGAGGCUCGUGCAAAAAGGAAUCACCGUGGAUGACUUUGAAACCAUUACAUUCCAGCUGUGCCACAUGUACUCGCGGGCCGACAAAUCCGUGGGCUAUGCGACGCCGGCUUACAUGGCCGACCAUGUUUGUGAGCGCGGCAAGCACUACCUUGAGGCGAACUUCGGGUCCUCGGACGUGAUGAGCACUCACGGUUCUUCCAUGAGCGAGGAGAAGCAGGACGAGAACCUGCGAAAGCAGAUUGACGAAAGAACUAGAUGGCUGAACGAUCGCGCAGCGCAGAGUGUGCAGCACGUUUUUUGUGUGUCGGAAAGCGUGCUGGAGCUGGGCUUGGUCCUGUGGGGCUCCUUUCCGUUAUUCUGGUUUCCAUCCUGCAGCGGGGUGUUGCGGGAGCUGGGCUUCAAAGCUUCAGGCUGCAGAGGCAAAGGCAACAUCCAGUCCAAAGGAUACCAAGGCCAAAAGGCCAAGGCUCUGAAGGAUGGCCAGCGGCCAGCAGCUCUGAAGCAAGGGAAUUUCUUGAAGAGCUGCAGAAGACCAGAGAAGAGAGCCAUCCGGGCUCCAGCGGGAUCAAGGUCAUCACUCCACAAGGAUAUGGCAACCAUCUCUCGACAGCUGUGCCAAGUUGGACAAGUUCAGAGCUGUCCCGCUUGCAGAGUGUCGCUUAAGCACUUUUGCCAAAAACUGGUUCAUUGUGGAACUGUCGCAAUGCCUUCCAGCACCCCGGCUGGAAACUGUCUUGGAUUUCCUGCCAUUGCGAGCGUGUGGCCGACAGAUGUCUUGCACGAAGGCAUUCAAGGAGCUUCUCAAGGUGCCACGGGCUGA